CGGAGAACUGGGGUAUCUUUCAGGAUUAGGAACCCAUGCCACACUCACCUGGCUCAACUGAGAAAGCAUUACCAUGCCAGGUAAAGGGAAAAGAAAAGGCCGAGGCAAGUCCCAUGGGAAAAAGCAGAAGAAACCGGAAGUGGACAUCUUCAGCCCCGCCGCGAUGCUGAACCUCUACUACAUCGUCCACAACGUCGCCGGCUGCCUGCACCUGCGCGGCUUCCGCUGGCCAGGCGCUACCAAGUCAAAGAAGGGGGAAAACAAGACUUAAGCCAGAGCGUUUCCCAGCUUCUCUCUACUACAGAGGACAGAACUUGGGGAAGAGAAAUCAGGAUAAUACCACUGUUGCAAGCAAAAUAGACUUUACUGAAGACAAUUUGAGAUGCAAGCUAAGUGUGCUUUUCAGUGGUAGUUAAUGCUAAAUGCAUUUUACUUCCUCAGCUAAACCCGGGUAUGGUGAGCCACUUUGGUUUUUCAGUAGUUA